AUUUUACUUCUUGGACUCAUUACUUUGACCGUUGAGUAUUACUGGACUUCUUGGGAAGAAAAACAAGAACAACCCAAAAAUUCCCAAACAGAAAAUCAGCGGAAAAAAACAACAGACCAACAGUACUGGUUUAGAGUGUUAACCCUUGUUUUCCUCAAACCAAUCAAAUUAACACAGAGAUAUACAGAGAGAAAUUGAUAUGUAAUUGAAUUGGGCAAAUCGUGAUGAAGACGAUGAUAGUCUCCAUUUGAAGAACCGUGGAAUUAUACCUACAUAAUUUCUACCCAGAAAUCACCAUUUUUUAUAAGAAUCAUAUGGCCUCCCCAAUUGAUCCCACCAUUGAACCCUCAAAAGAAGCUUACAAUCAUGGAAUGGCACUUGAUACUGAAAACAAAAGAGUCCAAUGUUGCUACUGUGGUAAGAUUGUUCCUGGGUUUAACCGCCUUCAGCAACACUUGGGAGGUAUUCGAGGGAACAUAACCGAGUGUCCUGAUGUUCCGGUUGAGGUGAAGGACUUCUUUAGGAAUAGAUUGAUGUCUGUGAAAGUAGGUCACUUAGUAAAGGAAAUUGGAGAAUUAGAUAACCCUAAUCCUCCUUUGAAGAGGAUUUGUACCCCUAAUGCGAAAGUGAAUGGGGUGAAAUCACCGCGUUCUGUAAGCUCUCAGAAUGGUAACAUUAUUGCCGGGACUGGGAGUAGUUUGAGUAAACCGACUUGUUAUUACAAAAGAAGGUUGACUUCUCAAAAUGGUAAUUGUGACAAAGACGGGGUAGAUUCUGACUCCGCUAUGGUAAAAAGAAGCAUAUGUAGGUUUUUCCUAGAGAAUGGAAUUGACUUUGGUGCUAUCUCAUCGGUUAGUUUUAAUAGCAUGAUGAACAAUUUUUUCAAAGGCGAUGAGAUUAAACGGUGUAUUCCUACCGUUCCCGAGCUCAGAGGUUGGAUGUUUGAUGAUGAGUUACAUGAGAUAGAAAAGUACGUAAACAAUGUCCGACUUUCUUGGGCUCAAACUGGUUGCAGUGUUCUUCUUGAUGGGUGGACUGGUCAUUUGGGUAAUAGCCUGAUUAAUGUUAUAGUCGAUUGUCCCGAGGGGCCCAUUUACCUUCGAUCAGCCGAUGUUUCACCCUCAACAACGGGUGAUAAUGAUAACGCGUUGCAAGUGUUGCUCGAAGAGGUUCUUGAAGAAGUGGGUAUUCAGAAUGUUGUUCAGAUUGUUGCUCACACAACUUCAGAAAGAUUAGAGGAAAUUAGCAAGCAGCUAAUUGAAAAGCAUAGAUCGCUCUUUUGGACAGUUAGUGCUACACAUUGCAUGUCACUUAUCUUAGACAAGAUUGCUAUGAUUGAUUCAAUUAAGCUAACUUUGGUUAAGGCAAAAACCAUUACUAAAUUCAUUUAUAGCCGUGUUGAAGUGCUAAAGCUGUUGAAGAAGUAUAUUAGUAGUCCUGAUCUGGUUAUACCCUCUAAAAUUAAAUCUGCUGCUUCGUUCCUAACAUUGGAGAAUAUUUUGGAUGAAAAGAGUAAUUUGAAGCUCAUGUUUUCUUCCUCUGAUUGGUUAAGCUCAUCUUGGUCAUCAAGUGUUGAGGGUGAAUUAGUUGCUAACUUAAUCAGUGAUAGUUCCUUCUGGGGUGGGGUUAACUUAGCUGUGAAAUCAUCCAUUCCAUUAGUAAAAGCUAUAUCCUUGCUUAGUGGGGAUGAAAAAACCAACAUGGGAUUCAUAUACGAAACAAUGGAUCAAGUUAAAGAGACAAUUUGUGAGGAGUUUGGAAGUAAGGAAUCACAGUAUACCGCGAUUUGGAAUAUUAUUGAUGAGAUAUGGAACACGAUACUGCACAGUCCUCUUCAUGCUGCUGGUUAUUUCCUUAACCCGAGGCUUCAUUACACUGAAGACUUCUUUUCUGAUACUGAAGUUGCAGGUGGACUUCUUAUCACCAUUGUUCGGAUGGCUGCUGAUCAAUGUACACAGGACUUGAUAACGAGGCAGCUUGAUGUGUAUGGAGGUUGUAAAGGUGAUUUCAAAAUCGGCACUGAUAACAACAGUCAAAAGAGCCUCUCUCCAGUUAAAUGGUGGUCGCGUUUCGGAGACCACUGUCCUGAACUACAAAAGCUUGCUGUCAGAGUCCUUAGCCAGACCUGCAACGGAGCUGAAGUUUACGGCCUAAGAAGACAUAUAGCUGAGAAAUUACUAUCAAGUAAAAAAAAUACUACAGAGUACAAACAACUUCAUAAACAGGCUUAUCUUCGUUACAAUCUCAAGUUGAAACAAUCCAAGAUGGGUGCAAAAUUCGACAUUAUCAGCUACGAAGUUGACCCGUCAGAGGACUGGAUCGUGGAUGAAUCAUAUCGCGAAGUAGGCUCUUCUCGUGGUGUUCCGUCUAAGGUAGAACCAAAGUGUGAAGUCUAAUUUAUGAAAGACUCAGUUAAGAAACAAGGGGAAAUCAUGUGAUGUUUUUGUACACUGUUGUAUUGUAUAUACUGUAUAAAUUAGUUAUAUCUGUCUCUUUAAAGUUAGAAGAUGAUUUUUGGCAUAUCAAGUACUAUGUGCUUAUUUUUGGCAUAUCAAGUACUAUGAAAAGAAAAUUAGUUUGUGUGGAAAAAAACUUAUUUGUGCUUAUUUUUUUGAGUUUAUCUUA